AUGACAUCCCAAAAGCUUAGCAUUUACACCACCAGACAUGAUACAAUUCUCAGAUUUCCACUUCAGGUAAUCGGUGCGGCUGUGUUUAGUGAACCCCCAUUUCCUGCUGACAAUAAUCUUUUGGCGGCCAGAGAAUUUGAACUUAGCACGGCGCAAUGCUUCCUAGGCGUUGUGGCUGUUGUAAUCUUUGCAGCGAAUAGAAAGAAGAACCUGACCAAUAGCAACACGAGGGGAGGGCGAGGGAGGGUGAAGGGGAAAGGGGGGACGCUGCUGCCGUUCAUCAGCGUCACUGUCGCAGCAGCGUCACAGCAACGCUGCUAA